AUGAAUUAAUAGAAAAAGACUAUUUUUACAUAAAAAAAAGCUGUCUACGUUUUGGAGGAAUAAUUAGGAUAAGGGACCGGAGGCUAUGUUUAUAGGGCGUAUAAAGUUUACAAUAAUUAAAAAUAAUAUGUCGCGUUAAAAGUUUAGUCUAAUUUAAAUUAUACAGAAUAAUAAACUUUAGAAAUACUCACAAGAUAAAAUUUGAACCAUGUUGUUAACAUCUUGGACUUAGAUUCAUAUAAUAAUGAGAUAAUUAUUACAAUGGAUUUAGCUGAUGGGUCAUUUCAAAAAUUUUGGUCAUUAUCAAAAAUAAAUAAUGCUGAAGAAAUACUACGAUAUUUCAUUUAGAUUGCUAAAGGAACACUAGAAUUACAUCAAUUAUAUUUGAUUCAUAGGGAUUUAAAAUUGGAAAAUGUAGUUUAUUAGGAAAUAAAUAAUGUGAAACAUUUAAAGUUGUGCGAUACUGGACUCAUCAGACAACAGAAUGGGAUGAAAACAAUGAUGGUAGGGACACCAUACUAUAUGCCACCUGAAUAAAUCAAUAAAUAGAUAUAUGAUGAAAAAACUGAUAUCUGGGCCCUGGGAAUGAUACUCUAUGAAAUGUUGUCAGGAAGAACAAUGGUGAGAGGAAAUAGUGUUUAAGAAAUAUUGAACAAUAUUUUAAAUUUGAGUUAGGCCUCUAUUAACUUUCAAAUUGAUUAAUUAAAAAUUAAUAAGCAAUAAGGGGUUAAUGAUAUCAAGGGCCUCUUAAGAUAGAUGAUAGUUAAAGAUAGCAAAUAGAGAGUUGAUUCCUAAUUUGUCGUGACAGAACUAGAGAGAAUCUUAAAUAUUUAGUCUUUGUAAGUUUAGAAUGGCUAGAACAUUAUGCAAAUAGUGAGGCCUGAAAUAAGGGAAUAAAUUAGGUUAGAAAUAUAAAAAGAAUUUGAAAUAAAAUUUUAAUAGGAAUAAGAUAAAUUAGCAGAAUAACAAAAAUUAGAUAUGGAACAGUUUAAAAAUGAAAUUAUGGAGUAUUAUCAAAAAUAAAUAAUUGAGUAGACAAUUAGAGUUCAAAAAGAAACUGAAGAGAAUCUAAAAGCUUAAUAAUAAAAAGAACUAUAAAUAUUGUAAGAAGAAUACGAUAAAAAGAUUGCUAAUUGCAAUUAGCAGUAAAUAGAAGAGUUAAAAUAUCAAUAUUAAGAGGAAAAGUAGAAUAUUAUAACAUAGAUGGAAAAAAACUAUUAAAUUAGAUUCUAAUAAGAGGCAAAAAAUAAAGAAAUUGAGCUUUAAAAGGAAAUGGAAAUUCAGAUAUAAACUUAAUUGUAAAAUCGACAACAGAUUAGUAAACUGUUACUUUAAGAACAAUUAAAGUAACACUAUUAAGAAGAGUUUGAAUAGAAAUCCAGAAAUUUAGCCUAAUAUUAACAGCAACUGACGAGUAUUUAAUAGAAUUUAAAUAGAAAUAAAAUCAAUAUCGAAAUGUAAUAAAAGGAUUUGAUUAAACACUCAACACCUAAUUAGUCCUAAAAAUUUUUAAAAUCUAUAUCGGAAUAUAAGCAACAAUUAUAAUAAAUGCUUAAUUAACUAGAAUCAAUUAAUAAGCAGCUUUCUGAAUUAGAAAUUACUUCUGACGUUUUAUCUUAAAACUAGUACUGUAAUUUGAUUGAAGAAAAUCUUUAAAAAUUAGAAUAAAUUAAAAAUCUUUAUUAAGAUUUGAUUGUACCUAAUUUGGUUGAAAGUUUUAUACAAAAUUGGAAUUAACUAUUCGAUGAUAUUAGAAGAGAAUAAAAAUAAUAAAAGAUUAAAAAUGAAGAAUCACUUUUAAAGCUCUAAUAAGAGGAUUCUGAAAAAUUGACAAAAAAAUUACAAGAUCUCUUUUUGGAAUUAAAGGAAAAAUUAAAGAAUGUUAAUGAAAUGAUAGGAGCUUUAAAUUAAAAAAAUAGUGAAUUUUUGUAAUAGUAUGAAACCUUGAAUUAAUAGCAUAGCUCACUUUAUAUAGAAUUCUAAAUUCUUUAAAACUCAAUAAAGUUAGCAAAGGAAGAUUAAAAAUUGGAUAUAAUUGAAAAAUAAAAUAAAUAAAUGGUUCAUUUAUUAGAUAAGCUUAAGAAAAUUUAAUUUGAUUUAGAAUCAUUUAUUUCCAUUGUCUAAUAAUAUAAAGCCAAAGAGCAACAAAUGAUUCAAGAUCAAUUAUAGAAUUUUAUUGUGAUAAUAGAUGAUUGGGAAUACAAAAGAGAUCAAAUUAAUUAUUAAUAGUAAUCAUCAAACCUCUUAAUAGAGUUAAAAACAUAAUUGGAAGAGAGAAAUAAAGAAUUAGAAAUAUUGAAGGAAAUAAAAAAUAGGAUAAUCUAAUUGAUAAAUGAAUUAAAAUAGAAUAAAAAUUAGAAUUUUUACAAGCAGUUCUCUGAAAUUGAAAAAGAAUUUCAAAUUUCAACUAUGAAAUUAAAUUUAAUUGAAAAUUAUUAUAAAAAAGAGUAAAGGCGAUCAUACUUAAAGCCUAAAGAAUAGAAGAAUAUUAAUUCUAAUUUAAGAUAACUUUUUGAUUCUGUUUCAAAGAGAAGGAAUGAUUUAUAAAAUUAAUUAUAAAAGUUAUAGAAUAGGUGCAAUGACAAUAUUUAAUAAUAGCAUAUCUUCAAAUAAUUGGAACUGAUUAGAUAUAUUUGUGAAAACCAGAAAUAGAUAAUUUAAGAAAUUGAAAUGUGUAUCAAUAAAUUUUAGAUAUCAAAUUUUUAGUCAAUUGAUGAAAUUAAUCUAGAAAAUAGUAAAAUAACUUACUAAAUUAAAAUGUUCUCUUAGAAUCUUGAUCCUUUAUUUGAAAGUUUGAAUGAAAUUAAAAAAUAAAUGACAUAGCCAGAGGAUAAAUAUUGGGAUAAUGAUUUUUAAACUUUAAAAAAUUCAUUUUAAGAAAUUAGAAAUUAAUUGGAAGAUAAGAAGAAAUUUACAACAAAUUAAAUGAAUCUAAGUAGCAAGUCAAGCAGAAUAUAAAAAAAUGUUUAGAAACAUAUAAGAAUGCUAUUUGAAUAAAAUGAAAUAUAAAGCUAAUUGUUUUCAUAAGUACUUAAAGACAAUAAGUAAAACGAAAAAUGUUUAAAGGAAAAAUUUUUAAAAAAAUCCCAAACCUACAUAGCAUGGGCUAAAGAAUAAUAGAGUAGAAUAUAAGAAAUUGAAAAUUAAAUUAAACAAUAGGAAUAGUAAAAUACAGAUGAAUUUGUAGGUAAAUUCAUCAAAGAUUAUAAAGAGAUAGCAUCUUUGUUAGAGAAAUUAAAUAUUAAAAUUAGUGAAUUGGAGCUAUAAAAAAAUAGAGAUCAAUUUAAUAAAUAUAAUGAAUUAGCCUAGUAAUAUCAAUAAAAAAUAAAUGAUUUAAAAUUUGAAAAACAAUAGAAUUAAUCUUCUUUUUAAGCUCUUUACUUUUAUAUUUAACAAAACUAAAUUAUCAACUGUGCUGAUGCUCUUUUUGAACUUUAUUGCUUAAAUAGAAGAUUUUAAAAUCAUUUAUAAGACUAAAAGAAUUAUAUUUAAAAAAAAAUUGAAAAUAAAGAAUAACAAGUGGAAAAAAAUGUACUUGAAUUAUCAAAUACUUAAAACAAUCUUGAAAAAAUAUAAGUUUGCUUUAAUAUACUAAAGAUGAAAGAAAAUGAAUUCAGUAAGGUGGACAUAUUUAUUAAAUCUAUAAAAAAUGACCUACUGAGCUUGAAAGAACAGUUCGAUGAACUUGAUUUUGAAUAGUAACUGAAAAAAUUACACGAAAAAAUUAGAGAUCUAAUUUAGGAUUAACAAAAAAAUAUCUAGAUAAAGAAUAGUGUCAAAUUAAAAAGUAAAUUAAGAAAUAAAAAUUCUGUUAAAGAAAUUCAAUAAAGCAUAUUAGAUUACAUUCCUAAUUCAAAAGAAAUGACUAAUAGUCUAAGUAAAAUGAUGUAAGAAUAAAGAAAAUAUUGA